UUGUUAAUAAUUGAAAUUCAUCACCAUCUUUGAUCUUUGUCAUUAGUUUACUCAGUAUCGAUCCAUUCAAAGCUAUUUCUUCAUAUUCAUCUCAAAUCUCAAUACAACAAAAUUUUCGUUCUCUAUUCACUGAUAUCACCAAAAUCUUCAAACUCAAAAGAUUUCAUCACCCUUUUGUACGAUAAUAUGCAAGCAUCAACUGUUUCUGUUAAAGGUAGCAUUUUUGGUGCUAAAAACCAAAAGGGCUUGAUUGGUUUUGGAGAAUUCAUUAAUGGGAGUGGUUUAAGAACAAAAAGAGUUUGCAUGAGCAAAAAAUCCAAUUUCUGUGGAUCAAGGCUUGGUUCUGUGGCUGUUGAAAGUGGAAUGAGUAGUGCAAGAGUUACUCUUGGUGGUGUUUUGGCGAAUUCUGUUAAGUCGAGAUCAGUCAGGGUUCAGGCUUCAGAUGGAGAUACCGAGCAUGUUAUCCCCUCCGUUCCUCAGGGAAAAUCUUCCGGAACUGUUCUACCCUAUGUUGGUGUUGCUUGCCUUGGAGCCAUUUUAUUUGGAUACCAUCUUGGGGUUGUAAAUGGUGCUCUUGAAUACCUUGCUAAGGAUCUUGGAAUAGUUGAAAAUACGGUUCUACAAGGAUGGAUUGUCAGCUCGCUACUUGCUGGUGCCACUGUUGGUUCAUUUACAGGUGGAACAUUGGCCGAUAAAUUUGGCAGAACUAGAACUUUUCAGUUAGAUGCAAUCCCUCUCGCUAUUGGAGCAUAUCUCUGUGCUACAGCGCAAAGUGUUCAGACAAUGAUCAUCGGUCGUGUGCUUGCUGGAAUAGGAAUUGGUGUUACAUCUGCUAUAGUACCGUUAUACAUAUCUGAGAUUUCACCAACUGAAAUUCGUGGCGCGCUUGGAUCUAUUAAUCAACUUUUUAUAUGUAUUGGGAUUCUUGUAGCACUGGUGGUUGGGCUGCCUCUUUCAGGAAACCCUUUAUGGUGGCGAACAAUGUUUGGCAUUGCAGUGGUUCCAUCCAUUUUAUUAGCUCUAGGAAUGGCAAUUUCUCCAGAAAGUCCCCGUUGGCUUUUCCAGCAAGGUAAAAUCGCUGAAGCUGAAAAGGCUAUUAAAACACUAUAUGGAAAAGAAAGAGUUGCUACAGUUAUGUAUGACUUAAGAACAGCGAGUCAAGGUUCUUCUGAACCAGAAGCAGGGUGGUUUGAUCUGUUUAGUAGCCGAUAUUGGAAAGUUGUCAGCGUUGGGGCAGCGCUUUUCUUAUUCCAGCAGUUGGCUGGAAUAAAUGCCGUGGUGUACUAUUCAACUUCUGUCUUUCGCAGUGCUGGAAUUGCUUCUGAUGUUGCAGCAAGUGCCUUGGUUGGGGCAUCAAAUGUUAUUGGAACUGCUAUUGCUUCCUCAUUGAUGGACAAACAAGGAAGGAAAAGUCUCCUUAUCACAAGUUUUAGUGGAAUGGCUGCUUCUAUGUUACUUCUUUCUCUAUCUUUUACUUGGAAGGUCCUUGCACCAUACUCCGGCACUCUUGCGGUUCUAGGAACUGUUCUCUAUGUCCUAUCCUUCUCUCUUGGUGCUGGUCCUGUCCCCGCCCUUCUUUUACCGGAGAUAUUUGCUUCGAGAAUUAGAGCCAAAGCAGUUUCUUUGUCAUUAGGCACACAUUGGAUAUCCAACUUCGUCAUCGGCCUCUAUUUCUUGAGUGUUGUAAACAAGUUCGGUAUCAGUUCCGUGUACUUGGGAUUCUCUGCUGUAUGUGUUCUUGCUGUUUUGUACAUAGCUGGUAAUGUCGUGGAAACCAAGGGCCGGUCAUUGGAGGAAAUAGAACGCGCUCUUAGUUCUUCGGCCUGAGAAACUUCAAGAAGUAAUUGUAGUCGAAACAUCGAUGCUUCUCAAUGAAUUGUUUUUAUCUUUGUACUCUUGCUACUUAUCUACACCAUAGGGUGGCAAUUUGUGCAGGAAGAGUGGUAGCCGAGCUAAGGCGAAGUUGUUUAUUGUAAACGAAUUUUGUUUCUGUAAAGUAUGGUAGUAACAAUAAUGUGAGGUUUCGUUAAGCAUUUGUAUUCAGUAUCAUCUUUUACAAUUUUUUUGCAUAUUAGGAAGGACAUUCUCACUUUAAUUUGAAAUAAAAUAUGCCCCUGCACAGUA